UGACGUCACGUCAUAGUUUUCAUCAGGAAGCGGAACCAUAAAAGUUGUUUCCUCCUCGCCUUUGUUGUGUUAAACCCUCCGUUUUCUCGUUUGAGCUCGACUAAUAAGGAAACUCCAUUAUGAACCUGGAACGGAUUCCAAAUGAGGAAAAGCUAAGCCUGUGUAGAAGAUACUAUUUAGGUGGUUUCGCCUUCCUACCCUUUCUCUGGCUUGUAAACGUGUUGUGGUUUUUCAAAGAAGCCUUUUUAAAACCUGCAUACACAGAGCAACCACAAAUCAAGUCUUAUGUAAAGAAGUCAGCUCUGGGGCUCAUACUGUGGGUGGCCGUUUUGACGACGUGGAUCACCAUAUUCCAGCAUUUCAGGGCACGGUGGGGUGAGGUGGGAGAUUACCUCUCCUUCACCAUUCCCCUUGGCUCAGCCUGAUCACUUCUGCUUCUUUGCAGUACCUCUUUUUUUUUUUUUUUUUUAAUU